AAUAGUCUAAUUAACGCAAUUUUGUUACUAGUGUUUACACGGUGAAGCUAUCAUUCACGUUCCGUAUAACACAUCAAACUACGAUUUUACAUUUGAUAGGGACGGUCUUUACAACAGUAGUGAAAUUGUGACACUGUUAUAAUCUUUGAUUUCGUACAAGUUACGCAUAUUUGACAGGUCAAGAUGGUGCAGCGCCUGACUUACCGCCGUAGGCUUUCCUACAACACUGCUUCAAACAAGACUAGACUGUCCCGUACUCCAGGUAACCGCAUUGUAUACUUGUAUACCAAGAAGACUGGCAAGGCACCCAAGUCAGCAUGUGGAAUCUGCCCCGGUAGACUACGUGGUAUCCGUGCUGUGAGGCCCCAGGUUCUCAUGAGACUCUCAAAAACCAAGAAGCAUGUCAGCAGAGCUUACGGUGGUUCCAUGUGUGCCAAGUGUGUACGAGACAGGAUCAAGCGAGCUUUCCUCAUUGAGGAGCAGAAGAUCGUUGUCAAAGUACUGAAGGCACAGGCACAGAGCCAGAAGUCUAAGUAGAUGUCGAUUUGUAUUCAUUAAAUAAAAGAUUUGGAAAUCAC